AUGGCCAACGCCGCGCCCGGCAGCUGGUCACGCCCCAACGCUCGCACUGUCCCGCCAGCUGUGUCUGCUCCGCCUCUCGCCCUGCUCCACCGCCGUCUCGCCAUUCACCCUGACCCCGCUCGAGGACUCGUCGUCAGGCCGUACGAUGCUUCGUUUCGCGGCUUGUGGGAGGGGCAGGCUGUGAGGAUACCGUAUGGGUCUACUAAGCCGGAGAAGACGCAGUGGAAGGAGGAGCAGGACGUCCCGGGCAUCGAGGUGGACUGCGUCGCGGGCCUCCUCGUCGGUUUCCAAGAUUCCUUUCUGAUCGUCGUCACCGACUCGACCGUCACCGCAACUCUCCCCGACCUCCAGAACCCUCAUUCGCGACCCAAGAUCCUCUCCGCCAAUUCGCUCCUCGCCAUCCCUCUCGGCUCGUACGAUGCCGCGCGGACAGUCAUUAUGCGGCACUUGUCGAAGCAGGCUGCGCGGCGGAAACGCUCGGCGUCGGUCGCUUCGACUGCUUCGGCGACGAGUCUCGCAAUGGGAGGAGGAGCGACGAGCGCAGAGGAGGAUACGAGCGAGGACGAGAGUUCGGCGGACGAGGCAGACGCUGCGCCCAUCGUCCUGCCGCAGUCGGGCGAGAAGGCCAAGAGGCCGUUCUGGCAGCGGACUUUCCCGCGCGGGUUUGGCAAGAAGGCUCCUCCCGCUCCUCCUGCAGCUGCGGCGGCAGCAGAGACCCUGGCCGAGAAGGUGGACGACCCGAACACCGCCUCUCCGCCGAACGCGACCGACGCAUCCGACCUCCCCGCCGUCGCAGCGGCAGCGACUGAGCCAUCCUCAACAGGAACAGGCGCAUCGACCCCUCCCGACGACGAAGAAGUGCGCGAGUCGCAGCGCGAACUCGACGAGAAACUUGUCGCAGAGUGUUUGCGCGUCUUCACCGGUCUGUACUUCUCCUUCGAUACGGACAUUACACGUGGGCUGCAGGCGAAGCAUGAGCGAAGGAACGACGGACUCAAGCAUUUGCCGCUGUGGAGGUCGGCCGACAAGCGCUUCUGGUUCAAUCAGCACCUCGUUGCGCCGUUCGUGCAGGCAGGUCUCCACUCUUACAUUGUCGUCAUGAUGCAAGGCUUUGCGCAGCACCUCUCCGUCGCCCUCCCCCUCCAGCCCUACCGCACCCUGACCUCCGUCGACCCUUCCUCACCCGCCUCCGUCGAUCUCGACCUCACCCUCAUCUCCCGACGCUCAACCGAGCGACCCGGCCUGCGCUACCAACGCCGCGGCAUCGACUCGUCCGGUUCCGUCGCCAACUUUGUCGAGACAGAGUUCAUCGUCGAGUGUGUCCGCGAGGGCACGAGGCACGUCGACUCGUUCGUGCAGGUUCGGGGUUCGAUCCCGCUGUACUGGUCGCAGAGCCCUUGGGCGCUCAAGCCUCCGCCUGUGCUUGAGCGGACGGAGGAGGAGAGCAGGAAGGCGAUGCGGAAACACCUUGAGGGGCUGAAGGCGAAGUAUGGACGGCUUGUGCUGGUCAACCUGGCGGAGACAACGGGCAAGGAGGAAACGGUCGUCAACGCGUAUGGCGAAGGCGUCAAGAGCUUGGGCGUCGACGAGGAGGAGAUGCGCUACGUCAGCUUCGACUUCCACAAGGAGACGAAAGGCUUCAACUAUGCCCGGAUCUCAAACCUAAUCGAGGACAUCAAGCACGACCUCGAGGAAAUGCAAACUUUCUGGACGACCCCUGAGGACGUCUACUCGAUGCAGAAGGGCGCGUGUCGGGUCAACUGCAUCGACUCGCUCGACCGCACUAACGUCGUCGAGUCCGCCAUUGCCCGCUGGGUCCUCAAUCAGCACCUCGUCCACCUCGGUAUUACCUCCGGCGAGGAAAAAGGCAUGCACGAUGACUUGGACUUUGCGUUCAAUGCGCUCUGGGCGGACAACGGAGACGCCAUCUCGCGCGAGUAUGCCGGCACGAGUGCGCUCAAGGGCGACUUCACGCGGACGGGAAAGCGGAAUUGGCGAGGGGCGAUGAACGAUGCCAGCAACUCGGUUGCCCGCCUGCUCCAAUCGACCGUCACCGACUUCUUCAAGCAGGCUGCGCUCGACUACAUGCUCGGCGUCAACCUCAACGCGUUCCAGGAAUUCGCCGAACGACUCGAGACGUCCGACCCGGGCGAGAUCAUCCGGCUUGCGCAGAUUCGGCAGGAGGCGCUCGAGACGGCGACGCGGGAGGUAAUGGAGGAGGGUGAGCACAGGGUAGCGGCGUGUACGCUGUUGUCUCCGACGGAGGAGGACACGGUGAGGCCGGCGAAGGGCGGCAAGUACGAAGAGAAGGUCUUGAUCCUCUCGGACAAGGCGGUCUACAUCGUCUCGUACGAGUUCUCGCUGCAGAAGGUCACCAGCUUCACCCGCAUCCCGACAGGCGACAUCCUCGGCCUCCAAGCCGGUGUCUACAUCAUCUCUUCCCUCGACGCUUCCGCCCGCGACCCGCUGGAGAACUACGGCUUCAUCAUUCGCUACCGCGCGAAGGACGCGACUGAGCGGGUACGGACUUACUCGCUGCGCACCAGCUCUCCGAGGAAAUCGCCUGCGAAGGGGACGUCCAGCUCUGCGUCGUCGCGACCCUUGACACCUCUGAAGCUCCCCUUCCCAAUCGGCAAGACGACUCCCGCCGCUGCCGCUCCAGCAACCGACCCUUCCGAAGGCGAGACUCACUUUGUUGCCUUCAAGGCUCUGCGAAGAGAUGCGGUCAAGGUCGCUUGCGAGGACGGGUCGAGCGAGAUCAUCGAUCGGCGAGCGGGCGACGACAUAGAGGGCAAGACCGCUAAGGAUGUCGUGUGGAGUAUCGUGAGGUGUUUGAAGGAGGAGUGCGAGAAGGUUGGAGCGGUUGGAGAAGGCGACGACUGGCUCGUCGAGAAGGACAUUAUCAGCCUCGCCGAGAGCAAGGCGCAGACCUCGAUCGUCGACAAGCUCUCGCACUCACUGUACAAAGCUAUCUGGGCUUGA